GCGCCGAGGUGGUCGAUGGGCCAGCUGAUCCGCAGCCCCGCACCGGCCAUUUCCCGCCGGCCCGGCCCGCAGCGGAGUGCGGCUUCUUCUCUGGGCACGGAGCCGCCGGCACGGACCAUGCCUCCCAAAUUCAAGCGGCACCUGAACGAGGAGGAGGUGACGGGCUCGGUGAAGAGCGAGCGGAGGAACCUGUUGGAGGAAGAUUCAGAUGAAGAGGAAGACUUUUUCUUGAGAGGACCUUCUGGACCAAGAUUUGGGCCCAGGAAUGACAAGAUCAGGCAUGUCCAGAACCAGGUGGAUGAAGUCAUUGAUGUUAUGCAGGAGAACAUCACCAAGGUGAUCGAGAGAGGCGAGCGGCUGGAUGACCUGCAGGAUAAAUCAGAAAGUUUAUCAGAUAAUGCAACAGCUUUUAGCAACAGAGCCAAACAGCUUCGCAGACAGAUGUGGUGGAGAGGCUGCAAGAUGAAGGCACUGAUAGCCCUGGUGGCAGUCAUUCUGCUGCUUGUGAUCAUUGUACCCAUAGUGCUGAAAUACCACACCUGACGGGGCAGCUGGAGGCUUCAGGGGAGUUGUCUCUGGGAUAACCAAACUGCUGUGUAAUUUAAGUGAGAUAUUUGUAUAUAGCUUUGAAGUUGUUUUUCUCCAAGGACUGAGGAGCCAGUGGCAAGCAGCCAGGUCCAAAAGAGCAUUUGAAGAACUGCCAAAUGACUUUUUUUUGGGUUUUUUUCCCCUUUUUUUUUAAUUUUUUUUUUCAGUUGAGUCCUUGCUCCUGCUGUCAGAUGGUUUUUAUAGCAAGGUUCAGUUCCCAAACUGCCUGUUGGGUGGAAUUCUGGGUUUGGAGCUGGCUGCUUGCCACUACAGUUUAUCUGUAUAUAUGGCUGACUUGUAAUAUUAAUAAUAAUAAUAAUAAUAAUAAUAAUACUGUUUGAGCAGUUCCCUGCUGCAUGCUGUGGAAGGCAGAGGGGACUCUUUUUCAUUUUACUGGAGCAAAGGAGGGGGAAAAAAAAAAUGUGAAGAGAAACAUACCAUAAGAGGGAACCAACCCUUUGGUAGAGAGCUGCUAGGGUGGUGUUGUUUCCCUCUUCUUGAAAUAAAUAAGAAAUGGAGGGGGGAAUAAAUAAUUAGGGAUUACACUCCAGAGGACUUUCUGGCUCUGCCAUGGGAAUGCACAAGCUCAGUGUUUUCAGUAUUGCUGCUUCCAGCUGUGACUAAAGACAUUCCAGUAAACCUAUUUUUGACUGUA